GAAGUGUAAAGAUGUGUGUUUAAUGUGUUUUCGCAAUUUUGCAAAAAUGGAGCCCAUCAACGUUAGUUACUACGAAAAAAACAAAUCUACAAGUUCUACAGACGUAGCGAACAUCGUUUCACGAGGAGAUACAGUGUUUUGUCGCGAAAAAGUGAUUCCCUUGAACUCUUUUGACUCGAUAUCAGUGUACCCUUCCUUAAAGUGCUCUAGAAAGUGGUGUAGACUUACUCAUAAGCCGUUCCUAGAUCCUUGUACAGCUAGAUUUUUGGACCCUAUGGUAGCUUGAGUUCUAAAAUGGCCUAGCAUCGUCACAGACUUUACGUAGUGUCUUAGUAAAAUAACGUAACCACAAUGCAUACUAAUCAGUGGCGCAAUAGGCGCAAUCAGCUCAAUUUGAGCCCUAUUCCAGCGUUUAAAAUGUACUCAAUAGCAAACUAUAGUACCGAUACGUCAAAGGCAGACUUGUCAAAGACUUUCGCUGAAGAAAUGUUGAUACACAACUUACACAUGAUGCCAAAUCCGCUUCAAAAGAACUUGGCGGACACCAUACCAACAGCAGAAAAGCCAAAACCACCAUUUACAGAGCCUAAAUUGGAAUCUAAAGCAUUUCCAGAGCCUAAAAUGGAAAAAGGGCAGACUAGAACUGAAUAUUCUUUUAGUUUUGGUAGUUUUUUCUCUGGGGUUAUCAGUGCAAUAUCAAGCGGCGUUUUUAGGCGUCGCGAGCCAACGCAACAAUACUACGAUUGUUUUGAUCCCGAGCCGAGCUGGCAGACGGCCAGCGAAGCGGAUUUAAAUAAGUCUACACGCUCGCAGUCGCUCAAGGAAGACGACGCCAUGAGUGCGGAUUGUCGGAGCGCCGCGGCGCAUUGCGAGGACAAACUCAACCGUGUAAGACACUUACUCAGCAGCAAACCUGUUCCCACCACCCCAAAAUACAGAAGAAAGCCUAAGAGAGUCUUUGUGGAACCCGGUUCGGUCGAGGAAUCCUUUGAAGAUGCAUUUUCACCGGAAGACUUUGUCCGACUCUCAAACACCAACCAUAUUGAGUGCAUCAGUCCGUGUAACCAUCACAAGGAAGAGGUGAUAGAAGCUGCAGCCGUGAGAAUUAAGACGGAGGUGAAGGAAGUUAUGGAUAUUGUCCAGACGCUGCCGGAAGCUGAAAUUGUUCCCGUAGAACAAACUAACAGUCAAAAUGUAGAAAUAAAGGAUGUUAAAGCUAAUUCUCAGUUAGAAUCACAAGCAGAUGCUAAAGACAAUCAAAAUGCAGAAUCAAAAGCAAAAAUGGACCACAUACAAGCUAAAAUUGAAGUCAAACCCGAUUUACCAAAUGUACCUGAAGAACUAAAGGAAAAACAAGAAGUUAUCGCUGCAUGUGAAGACAAAGUAAACAGAUUAAAAUCUUUACUGCAAUGCCGAAAAGCUAAAUCUAGAUUAACGAAAACUGAAUCAGAUUCUACCUUGGAACCCGUGACAGAUGUAAAGAACAAGAACGUACAGGAUAAGCACUUCAAAAACCCGGCGAGGACAACGGAUAAAAGAAAGCAAUCACACUUAAUAAAGAAUAUUCAAGAAGAUAUGUGUUUCGGUAGUUCUUUAGACACUGCAGAGGUCUCAAGCCCUGAUAAUUCUUCGAUAUUACCACCGACUAAGCUUUGUGAUAUGAUCAACUUACCGAAGUUAAUAUGUGAACCGGAACCUGAAUACUUCGAUGAAGUCCAUGGACGCUUCCGUUCUACCUCAACAGACAGUGACGACUCGUUCCAAAUAGUCUUCACCGACAGCCCAAAAGCAGCUAGACACCGCACAUUAUCCGACUGCGACUCCGAAGACUCGUUCAUCGUCUUUGAAGACUCACCAGACAGCUGCUACACAUCUCACGAUGUGUUCGGUGACUCCACAGUCGAUAGUGACUCUGAUUCGGUUGUUAGUGACUCAGGCUGCGGUGUAUCGUGUAAAUUGUCACAUUCGCUAACCCGGACUGUUGGGGACUUAACGGAUGACAGUUUGUUUGAUGAUACGGUGCGAGAGGAGAGUGGGGAUGAAGUGGACAGUGUGACAGUGUGUGAGGAGUUGGAUUUGGCUGAGGAGUCGAACACAGGAUUGCUUCUGAAUCAUGCUAAGAAACUAUUGAGGAGACAGCAGCCACCUAAAAAGGUGUCCUUCUCCGAGAAGCCUCCAAAAGUGCACGUUAUGAGGGUGUGGUCGUUCGCGGCGAGGCAGGCACGCCGCGGGAACUGGGAGCAGGACGCCAUGGACCGGGACAGAUUCAAGCGGAAGAUCGCAGACGUAGACAUGGCAGUAUCAUGGGUGUUGAAGCCCCAACACCGGCGUCGAAUCAUGUUCCAGCGUUUCAUGCCCUGGUGGAACAAGCAGAGGCGACUGGAGAUAGAAGAGAGGAAGCGGAAGCAAGAAGAAGAUCGGAUAGCAGAAGAGAAGAAAAUAGAAGAUGAAAAGAGGAUAGAAGUAGAGAGGAUAGAAGAAGAAAGGUUAAAAGCUGAGAAGGAAGGUAAGGAAGAUGUUAGUAGAGAUGUAAAUGAAGUAAAUACAGAACUUACAGAAAGUGGAAAUAGCGUUGAAGUAAAAGAUGGGGUUGAUAAUGAUUUAAAUAACAUUAAUGGAGUUUAUGAAAAUGGCUUAAUUAAUGAGAAAGUAGAAAACGCAGAUCUUGAUGUUGAUAACGACAAAAAUAAUGAGGAUAAAUGUAAAUUACAAUUAAAAACACUGGAAAAUAAAGUUGUAAAUGAUACAAUAGAUCCUAAUGUUGAUGACAAAGAUGGUAAAUCUAAAUUAGAUUUAAAAACACAUAAUGAAAAAGUAAAUGAUGUGAAGAUAGAUUUAAAUGUAGAUAAAAUAGCGAAGGCGUUGGCGAAGUGCGAUUUUUAUGACAAAUCGAAAUCGAGUAAGGCGAAUUCUGUUUUAGCGUCCAAAGUUGUUGUAGAUACAUGACAUUCUGUCAGUAUGUUGCUGUAACUGUCAAAUACAUUAAAAAAAUCUACAAAAAUAUUUAAGGUUGAUGAAUUUAAGAACUGUAUUUAUUUAGACGGUUUUUUUGGGAAUGCUUUCUAAACAUAAAAAACUGUUUAGAUAAAUAAUAAGAGGCAAUAAAAAAUUAUUCGAAAAUAUUAAGAGGCAAGAGAAAUCUAAAAAACAAAAAACCAGAGUUCAAGUCGGACUUGCCCACCGAGGGUUCCGUACUUGUAUUUGUUGUUAUAGCGGCAACCGAAAUACAUCAUCUGUGAAAAUUUCAACUGUCUAGCUAUCACGGUUCAAGAGAUAUAUCCUAUAGUGACAGACGGACAGUGGAGUCUUAGUAAUAGGGUCCCGUUUUUACCCUUCUCUUUAGCAAGCAUUACAUUUUGAUUUACGUGAAAUAGUCUCAAGAACUUACCUUACCCUCUGUACAUUAUUUGUAAAAAAGUUAAAUAGUAUUUAGAUCGCAUAUAGCAACGUUGCGCUCUUUGCGAAGUUUUGAUUCUUCCAAAAUUUAAGGAAUUACAGAUUGAGUCGCGGAAAGUUUCCAAAAAGUUGGAAAGUUGCCGGAAAUUUCAUGAAACUGACAGGAAAUUAAGAAAAUUGUCUAUUUUGGGAACUUAUAAAUUUGAAACUUUGUCAUACAUACACAUACAUAUAAUCACGCCUAUUUCCCGGAGGGGUAGGCAGAGACCACGGAUUUCCACUUGCUGCGAUCCUGACAUACCUCUUUCGCUUCCUUCACUUUCAUAACAUUCCUCAUACACGCUCGCCGGUUUAGGGUGCUCUUGACUUGGCCUUUCUUCAGGAUUUCCCCGAUCUGAUCAGAGAAAGUCCGCCGAGGUCUGCCCCUUCCAACUCCCGUUUCUACCUCUCCCUUAUACACUCUCUUUGUUAGCCUUCUUUCACUCAUUCUUUCCACGUGUCCAAACCAUCUCAACAUACCUUUCUCAAUUUUUGUCACUACAUCUUCGUUCAGUCCACACUUUUCCCUUAUCACACUGUUCCUAAUUCUAUCUUGUAAUCUCACACCACACACACUUCUCAACGCUCUCAUUUCCACUGCAUUCACUUUGUCAUACUGUGAAAAUUUCCCAAUUUUGGAAACAUUCGAGGGCACAUCAGUUUAAAAGCACCGUGUUACCAAAAUGUACCUUUGACUUCUUUAAGUAACACCAUUUGAAGAAAAAAAACACGAAAUACUUCAAAAAUCCACACUUUUUCCAUAUCAACUAAUUUAACAAAUAAUAUUGUCUUCGGUUACCGCGAUAGUUACUCAUGAAAUAAAACUAUGAAAACGGAUUAUACUGUGUGACUGAGUCACCCGUUGACCACGAACGCUGUAAAGAGUUCGAAACGUCGGGAUGUAUUAUAAAUUCAAUAUACGCGAUAUAAUCCGUUUUCAUAGUUUUAUGUCACCCGUUGACCACGAACGCUGUAAAGAGUUCGAAACGUCGGGAUGUAUUAUAAAUUCAAUAUACGCGAUAUAAUCCGUUUUCAUAGUUUUAUGUCACCCGUUGACCACGAACGCUGUAAAGAGUUCGAAACGUCGGGAUGUAUUAUAAAUUCAAUAUACGCGAUAUAAUCCGUUUUCAUAGUUUUAUUUCAUAAUUUAACAAAUAUUAAGAUAAAUAAUAUGUAUGUUCAUUAUCACUUAUUUCACACAUUUGCAUUUUAAUUUUCUUUUACACUACAAUCUUAUAUUUUAUUGAAAUAAAAAACAUAAAAAAUAUUUGAUUCAUUUAUCUCUAUAAGAGGAUGUGAAGAGUGCCUAAAAAUAUAAUUUUAUUUGACUAAAAACAUCAGUUCAAGCAUUAAUUAGGUUUAAAAACAAUGGAAUGAAUAAAAACACGAAACGUCGAGGUAGCAACAUGUUUUUAUGUGAUUGAAACUUUAAAUUAUAAGUUUUAAAUAAUCACCGUAUUUGUUAAGGAGCCCACUUAUUACCAGUCCCCCGGACGAUAUCGGCCUGUCAGUUGUUUGGAACUGUCAAAUUGUUCGGCGGACUGAUAAUCAGUGGGCCCCUUAAAGUAUGUAAACUUUAAAGAAAUUAAAGCUGUAUCAUAGAUCAUAGAUAUAAAGAUGUAUAUAAAAUAAUAUAUGUAUAUUCCUGUAGUGUAUAUAAAUUGUAGGUAACAAAACUUGCCUUACGCUAUGAAAUAAAAAAAAACUUUAUUUUCAUACAAAAAUUGUAUGUUCAGAUUCUUUGGUAAAGUAAGUUCUUUUUUGUAACUGAAGUGGCGCUGUAUGUAGAAGGUUUACAAUAAAUGUCUUUCUUUCUUUCUAAAAAUGUUUUACUUUAUACUGGAAUUAAGUACAGAUCCCUUUAAGGGAUUUCUUCAGGUCUUUAGAAUAAUUUUAAAAUAUCUAAACAAAUUUUUUCAUACAAACGUUUAUAUAGUUACCACUGAAAAUUGUAUGUAAGUUCCUUUUUCUUUUGAUAUUAUUCGUUAUAUUAUAUAUGUGUUGUAAACAUUGAAAUAUUGUGAUUUUCUGUAAACAUACUUUGUUAAUCAUUAAUUUAGGAUAAAAUAGUGAAAUUUUAAAGCUAUACAUACAAACACACAUUUUAUCCUUAAGUGUAUAAAAGUUAGUUAUAAUGGAAUUAUAUUUUGUUAUCUAUGGUUUAUUAAAUAUUAUUUAGAAUUAGAACAGUGCAUUUGUGACAAAAUUUGCUUGUGUAAUUCGAAAAUAUUCCAU